AUGUCAGGUAGCGUCAUCUUCAGCGCCAUCGAUCUGACCGAUGGCUCCUACCAGAUCUUGAUGCGACAGAGUGACAUACCACUCACUGCGGUGAGCACCCUGAGUGGUAUGCUAUGGGAGUGGCUGGUGAUGCCACAAGGAUUGAAAAACGCACCAGCCACUUUCAAUCGCAUGGUAUCUCAAGUGUUGAGACCGCUUCGAGACUUUGCUCCUAGCUACUUCGAUGACAUUUUUGUCCACAGUCGCGCUGAGGCCAACCUCAGUGCUGUCCAAGUUCACCUUCAACACCUGAAGCAAGUGUUUCAAGUCAUGCGAGAUAACAAGUUAUAUGCAAACUUGAAGGAGUGUGUAUUCUGUGUACCGAAGAUUCCGGUGCUGGGCUGCUACGUGAGUAAAUCGGGUGUUCGAGCCGAUCCAGAGAAGGUGUCUUCAAUCUGUUUUUGGCCCACACCCAAGAACCCUACGAAUUUACGUCAAUGGCUCGGUCCAGCUAAUUACUUGCACAAGUACAAAAAGGAUUACGCCGGUUCUAUACAGCCCCUGUCGUCACUUCUGAAGAAAGACGCCACAUGGUCGUGGCGUCCCGAACAUCAAGCAGCCUUUGACGCAGUGAAGAAGAGCCUGGCGUCGGCGCCAGUGUUGAUACUCCCUGACGACACCAAGCCGUUUCACGUGGUGUGUGAUGCAAGUGACUUUGCAAUUGGUUGCGCCCUCAUGCAGUUCGAUCAUGAGGGCCGUGAACGAGUCGUGAGCUACCAGUCACGACAGAUGAAGCCGGCAGAGAAGAACUAUCCGGUUCACGAUAAGGAACUGCUAGCGAUGCGCUAUGCACUCAUCAAGUUUCGUGUCCACCUACUGGGCGAACGCACGUUCGCCCUGUAUACUGAUCAUGCAUCGCUGCGAACAGCAAUGAAGAGCCCACACCUGUCACAGCGGAUGGCACGGUGGAUCUCUUUCUUCUCCGAUUACAACUUCGUCGUGCACUACAAGCCAGGCAAGACCAACAUUCUUGCUGACGCACUGUCACGACGCCCAGAUUACGAUCCUCGUGUGGCACUGAGUCGUCAGGCAACUGACGACGAAGAUGAAGACGAUCGAUGUGCGACGUGUGUGUCGUUGAAUCUAACUCGGUUCACACCCGAGUUAUGCCUUUUCGAUGAAAUUGUCGCGGCUUACGCGAACGACCCGGAUUACGCGGACAUUAUCGCCUAUCUGCGCGCUCCCAGUGAGGCUGCACUGGGAGCUCUUUCGCGAACGAAGCGUGAUCACAUACAACGAUACAGUGUGGACGGUGAUUUGCUGUUAUAUAGCAUCGACAAAUUCGAUGCACCUCGGACGGUGAUUGCGAAUGACUUGGAUUUGCGUGCUCGUAUCAUCCACGAGUACCAUGAUGCCCCAAUUGGCGGUCAUCUGGGCCGCGAAAAGACAUUCGCGGCUGUCUCGCGUGACUUCUUCUGGCCCCACAUGUACAAAUGGGUUCGCAACUGGGUUCACACCUGCGAAAUAUGUCAGCGCGUGAAGCCAUCUCCAUCGUCGCAGGCACCCCUGCGACCCCUGCCAAUUGCAGCUGAGGCUUGGAGCUCAGUCUCGUUGGAUUUUAUCUUCGGGCUUGCACCAGAUGGCCAAGACCGAACGGGUAUUCUGGUCUUUGUCGACAUUUUCAGCAAGAUGACACAUCUGGUGCCUGUUCAUGCAACGAUCACCGCGGCUGAGACCGCGGUGCACUUCAUUGACACUGUGUUUCGCCAUCACGGUCUACCAGACAACAUUAUCUCGGAACUUGAUCAUCGUUUUACAUCUGCUUUUUGGAAGUCAUUGUUCGAGUUGCUUGGCACAAACCUGCAAAUGUCGACAGCAGCCCAUCCGGAAACGGAUGGGCAAACAGAGCGAGUUAAUCGGGUCCUCGAAGAUGUUCUUCGAAGUUACGCAACGUCCUUUACAAGUUGGAGCGCUUUUUUGCCACUCGCGGAGUUUGCACUAAACAACGCGGUUCACGCGUCAGCGGGGUUGAGGCCAUUUUUUGCAAAUUCGGCCCGUCAUCCUCGUGUACCUACUCUUCUUGCCGUGGGUCAGCCCACGGCUCUUCGUGGCCCCACUCUGGCGGGGGUGAUAACGAUAAACAACGAUCGAGUGAAGCUCACGGUAUUCUGA